AUGUCGGGACCUCCGCCGCCGCUGACCCGCGCGGACUCGUCCAAAGACCACCGCCCUCUGCAGCCGAGCACCCUUCGACAGAGCCAUACGCCGCCCAGCCGUCCAGGCAGCGGCGACAGCACCAGCAGCGAUGCCUACCCGUCCAUCACGGCCGUGGGCGAGUCGACGCCCUUGAUACGCGACAGCCAGUCGGAGCAACACGGCACGUUCAGCCCUCGAGGUCGUUCACCCACCAAUGGCCUCUUCGGCGGAAGCACCGACGACGAGAACGACGACGAGAACGAGGAGAGGGGAAGAAACGGCGGGUUCUUUGCGUCACUCACGGGGAGUGAUGAUUGGAAGAUGUGGCUCUCGAGGAGAAUGCGCACCAGCAAGAUUCGACAUAGCAGCGAGCUUGCUGAGCAGGCGGGCUUUCGAGAUACACCCUUCAUGUACCUGGCAUACUACAUUCCGUGCCUAAACUGGAUCCAGCAGUACAAGCUGUCGUAUCUAAAGGGCGACUUCAUUGCGGCCGUGACCAUGGCUUCGUUUUACCUCCCGAUGGCGCUCUCGCUGGCGUCCAAUCUGGCGCAUGUCCCGCCUAUCUACGGUCUCUACGGCUUCAUUUUCAACCCCUUCAUCUAUGCGUUGCUAGGAUCCGCCCCGCAAAUGGUUAUUGGCCCCGAGGCAGCUGGAUCCCUUCUCGUCGGCACCGUGGUGAAAACCAGCGUCGACAACGGAGGCGAGGGCUCAGAGGACAACGACGUUCUGCAUGCCCAGAUCUGCGGCGUGGUGAGCGGCAUGGCUGGUGCCAUUGUUCUGAUUGCUGGCCUGGCCAGAUUGGGCUUCUUGGACAGCGUGUUGAGCAGGCCCUUCCUGAGAGGCUUCAUCUCGGCCAUUGGCUUUGUCAUUGCCGUAGACCAGCUGAUUCCCGAGCUGGGGCUUGCUGCCCUGGCGGAGGAACAGGGUGUGAACCAUGGAAGCAGCGUCGACAAGAUUGGAUUCAUCUUCAACAAUGUUGGUGCAACUCACAAGCUGACGUUUGCUGUGGCGGGUGUCAGCUUCGUCACCAUUAUGAUAUUUCGCGAGCUCAAGCGCCGUCUGGAAAAGCGUUUUCCUGGAGUUGCCUACUUCCCCGAUCGAUUCCUCGUCGUUGUCGUUUCGGCCAUUUUGUGCUGGCAGCUUGACUGGGAAGACAAGGGCGUCGAGGUCCUGGGAGCCGUCAAAGCUGCUUCGGGAGGCAUCUUUGAGUUCCGCUGGCCUUUCCAGCUCGCCCACAUGCAGCACAUCCGCACGGCCAUGUCGACUUCUUUUCUCAUUGCCAUGCUCGGCUUCUUCGAAUCAUCGGUUGCGGCCAAGAGUCUGGGCGGAAGCUCGAUCCCCGGCAUCGAACUCAGCGCAAACCGCGAGAUGAUUGCGCUCGGCGCCGCCAACCUGGUGGGCGGCAUGUUCAUGGCCUUGCCGGCCUUUGGCGGCUACGGACGAAGCAAGGUGAACAAGACGACUGGCGCGAAGACGCCGAUGAGCUCUAUUUUCCUGAGUCUGCUAACCAAUUGCGCGCAGAAACCUGUUCUGUGCGCAAUGAUUUCGGUUGUGGCGUGGUCGCUGAUAGAAGAGGCGCCCCACGACAUCUCAUUCUUCCUCCGCGUUCGCGGAUGGACCGAACUGGGUCUCAUGGCAGUCAUCUUCCUCUCCACCAUCUUCUACUCUCUGACGCUAGGCAUGGCUCUGGGUGUGGGAAUCUCUCUGCUCAUGGUUAUCAAGCACAGCACUCGCCCCCGCAUCCAGAUCCUCGGCCGUGUUCCCGGCACCAACCGCUUCGAAAACCCGGAAUCCCUCAACUCGAGGAUCGAGUUCAUUGAGGGGUGUCUCAUCGUCAAGAUUCCGGAACCGUUGACCUUUGCCAAUACUGGCGAGCUCAAGGCGCGACUUCGGCGACUCGAGUUCUACGGCACGUCCCGAGCACAUCCCGCCCUGCCGCGUAUUCGCAGUCAGGACUCGAACCGCAACGUCAUCUUUGACAUCCAUGGAGUGACUUCCAUGGACGGCUCCGGCACACAGGUGCUCGAAGAGAUUGUACGCGACUACCGUGAACGCGGCGUUCGAGUUUUCUUCUCCCGCGCACCACACCACCGAGAUCACCUUGUGUGGAAGCUCAUGGACAGGAGCGGCAUCGUCGACCUGUGCGGCGAGAGGCAUUUUGUGAACGAUGUCGGGGAGGCACUGCGGCUCACCGAGUAUGAGGACAGCGUAAUGACGCAGUAA